AUGGUUACUUCGGCUGCGCUGGAGUAUCGUCACCGUAGGAAGGUUCGGAGCGUCGGGGAUGGGACCGAGGUGACUGACCGAACAGGCGCAAGGAGAGGAGCCAUCCUCGGCGCGGAGCUCGGGGUCCAUGGCUCGGCGACGCCGCCUGGGCUGCCCCGUGAGGGGACCGGGAUCGGCGGCAGAGUGUCCCCUCCGCCCACAGAGGCCGAUGGCGGGGACCUGGCUCAGCAGGGCACUGUGACCUUUGAGGACGUGGCCGUGUACUUUUCCUGGGAGGAAUGGGGUCUCCUUGAUGAAGCUGAGAGAUGCCCAAGCUGAGUGAUGCUGGAGAACUUGGCACUUAUAACCUCCCUGAGUUGUUGGUGUGGAGUGGAGGAUGAGGCCCUAUCUUCUGAGGAGUGCAUUUCUGCAAGAGUAUUGUCACAGGACAGGACUCCCAAAGCAGGUAGGUGUCCUCAGAAGAUUUGUGGACCCGUCUUGAGAGGGACACAGGACAGUUUGCAUUUGGUCGAGCACCAGGAUACUCCUCAUAAGCAGAAACUAUACCUGUGUGGAGCAUUUGGAAAACAAUUUCAUGUCACUGCAAACCUUUAUCAGCACCAUAAAUAGCACAUUGGAGAGAAGCACUUCAGAAGCAAUGUGGGCAGAGCCUCACUUUUGGAGAACUGCAGAUUCCAUGUCAGGAAGCCCUUUACCUGCAAAGAAAUUAGGAGGACCUUCUUGGCCAGCUCAGACUUUCUCCAGCAACAGGUCACUCACACGAGGGAGAAGUCACACAGUGGAACUAAGUGUGUGGUGGCCUUCCUCAGUGUAAAGUGUCGUUAUAACCAGGGAGACUGCAUUAAAGCUUUCAGCCCCAAACACAUGUUUGUUCAGCACCCACCUUUCACAAGGGAAAGAUAUUACAGCUGUGGUGAAUGUGGAGAAUCCUUUAGCAAAAGCUGUAGCCUCUGUGACUAUUUGAAAGUUCACACUAGAGAAAAGCCUUAUAAGUGUGGGGAAUGUGGGAAAUCCUUUUGGCAAAGCUCUGGCCUCAUUCAACACCAGAGACUUCACACUGGACUAAGACCUCAUGAAUGUGAUGAAUGCAGAAAGUUAUUUAGCAAGAAGUACAACUUUAUUAUGCAUCAGAAAGUUAACACUGGUGAAAAGCCAUAUGGUUGUAGUGAGUGUGGGAAAUUCUUUUGCUACAACUCUGACCUCAUUACUCACCAGAGAAUUCAUACUGGAACCAGGCCUGAUGAAUGCAUUGAAUGUGGGGAAUCCUUUAGCCACAGCUCUAGUCUCAUUAAACACCAGAGAAUUCACACUGGAGAAAGGCCUUAGGAGUGUGGGAAAUGUGGGAAAUCCUUUAGCUAGAGUUCUCACCUCAUUAGACACUGGAGAGUUCAUGCUGGAGAAAGAUCUUGUGAGUGCAGUGAACAUGCGAAAUUCUUUGUCUCUAGUUACCAAUUCUUUCAACAUCAGAGAACUCACACUUGUUUAAGACCUCACAAAUGUGAUGAAUGUGGAAAAUUAUUUAAUUUGUCCAACCUCAUUAAGCACCACAGAGUUCACAUUGAAGACAGGCCAUUUGAGUGUAGUGAAUGUGGGAGAUACUUUAGCAAGAGCUCUCACCUCAUUAAACACCAGAGAGUUCAUGCUGGAGAAAGAUCAUAUGAGUGCAGUGAAUCUCAUUGCACACGGAGAAUUCACACUGGAGCAAGGCCUUUUGAUUGUGGGGAAUGUGGGAAAUCAUUUAGCCAUAGCUCUACACUCCUUCAGUAUUGGAGAGUUCACACAAGGGAAAGGCCUUAUGAGUGCAGUGAAUGCGGGAAAUCCUUAAGCCACAGCUCUAGCCUAAUUAGACACCAGAGAAGUCACACUGGAGAAAGGCCUUAUGAAUGUAAUGAGUGUGAGAAAUCCUUUAGUGACAGCUCUAGCCUCAUUAAGCACCAAAGAGUUCAUAUUGGGGAGAGGCCUUAUGAAUGCAGUACAUGUGGGAAAUCCUUUAGCCAGAGUUCUAACCUUAUUAAUGAUCAGAGAGUUCACACUAGAGAAAGACCUUAUGGAUGUAUUGAAUGUGGGAAAUCGUUUACCUUCAACUCUAAUCUCCUAAAACUGCAGGAUGUCCACAAGGAAUAAAACCCUUUAGAUAAUACAGGUAAGUCUGUUACAGAUUGCAUUGUUCCCCUCAAAAUUCAUUUGUUCAAGUCCUAGCCCCUAAUUUAACUAUUUUUAGGUGUGGCUUUUUUACUAAGAUAAUUAAGAAUAAAUGAGGUCAUAAAUAUGGUGUCCUAAUCCAGUGUUACUGGUGUCCUUUUAAGACAAAGAGAUUCUAGAAGGUGUGCCCUUGUGAACUUUUGUGCACUCUCUCUUUCUCUCUUUCCAUUAA